AUGGAGAUAGAUACAUCAAAAUAUGUAAAACCUAUAGAAAGUGAUAAAUCAAUAGUUUCUGAAAGUAAAACGACGCCUUUUCGUAAAGUUAAUGCUGAGAUGUUGAUCGAUUUACCACCAAAAGCAUUUGAGGACUUUGAUAAAGGAGUUUAUACUUACAUGAAUGCAUUAAUGAUGCAAUACGUUGAUGAAUUGGAUGGAAUUGUACUCGCCUACGAAAAUGUUAAAUUGUGUGAUAAUACUGGCUAUAUAUAUGAAGAUUCGCCUUACAGCCAUUUCUUCGUUAGAGCCGAUUUUACACUUUGGGAUGCGUCAAUAGGAUGUAAAAUGGUGGGAAAAGUUGUUCGACAAUCUCCUUUACAUAUCUCUCUUUUACUUUAUGAUUCAUUUAAUGUAAAAAUCAAUCGUCAAUGCAUACCGGAUGAUAUUUUUGAAUGGCGUGACAAUGAUUCUUUAUAUAAUUCUAUUUUUGUUGGAAAUCAAUUAGAACUUGAUAAACUUUAUUUAGAAGGCCAGUGGUAUGAUAAAAGAACUGGUGGAGAAAUUACGGAUUGUUUAAUGGAAUUCGAGUCCACCGGAUCAGAAAUUGAUGAUGGUGUCAUAUUUGUAUUAGGCUCUCUUCAGUAUUACAUUAUACUGGCUAGAGAUCCUGAAACCAUUCAGGAUAGUCGCUCUAGCUGUAGGAUCAAUAUUCAAUAG